UUGAGUGAAGCCUCUCCUCCUCACUUCCCAAUCCCAAAAUCUGCAGAAGAGUUGAAGAGCACCUGAAAACUGGAUGGGCAGCACCAGGAGCAAAACCAUCAGCAAGAACUGAUUCUCUUCUGUUUAGAGAAAUCUAGCUGGUGUCUCACCAAGCAGAAGAAGUGAGCUGGGCUGAAACAGGAUCCUGCACUCCAGGUUUUCAAAUGGCUGAUCCUUUUCUAUAUAAUACUGGAGAAAGGUCUCACUAUGGGUGCCUUGGACAUGAAGUACAAAUUGAAUACCUUAAGGCAUAUGUUUGUAGACCAUCUUUUUCCACGGACAAAGCUGUGAUUGUGGUCCAUGAUGUAUUUGGAUGGCGGUUCCCAGAUAUUAGAUACAUAGUCGAUUUGAUGGCAGCUCAUGGAUAUAUAGCUAUCUGCCCGGACUUCUUCAAGGGGACAGAACCCUGGAAAUCUACUGAUCAUUGGGUUGACUUUCCUGACUGGAUGAAAAAUCAUGAUCCUAUGAAAGCAGACAAGGAAGCUGAUGUUGUCUUGAAGUAUCUAAAGGAGCAAUGCGGUGCAAAGAAGAUUGGUAUCGUUGGGUUUUCCUGGGGUGGAAUGGCAGUACAUCACUUGAUGCUGAAAAAUCCUCAAUUAACCGCUGGGGUGUCCCUCUAUGGAAUAGUUAGAGACUCUGAAGAAAGAUACAGUUUACUAAAUCCCACAUUUUUCAUUUUUGGUGAGAAAGACCACACUAUUUCUUUGGACCAGAUCUUCUUAUUGGAGGACAAGCUGAAACAGUAUUGUAAAGCUCCAUAUAAAAUCAAAGUUUAUCCUGGACAAGUUCAUGGGUUUGCACAACUGAAGCCAGAAGAUAUGAAACCUGAUGAUAAACCUUAUAUUGAAGAAGCUAGAAGGGAUAUGAUUGAUUGGAUCAAAAUGUUUGUUUGACAAUAGAAGAAAGAAAUGCUAGACUUCAAGAUCAGUGAUUGAUUUAAUUUGAGAGAAGAAAACAGUCAA